GACAACAAAUAUGGCCGCGCCCAUGAACACGCGAACAGAUGAUUCAUAAUUUCUUUCAAAAAAUCCUCAAAUUCAAAGAUUUUCUGCAGUUUAAAGGGUUAAGGAUGAGUACCUUUGUAUCCCGUGUCAAUAGAAUAACUGGUAAAAUGGAAUGGGACUUCAGAGAGGACGAUUACGAUUAUAAACAAGAGAUUGCGAGAUCUGCAUAUGCUGACAUGUUACAUGAUACAGAAAGGAAUCAGUUAUACUAUAAAGGUCUGGAAAUAGCUAUUGCUAAGAUGAGACAGAGAGGUCAGGCAGUACAUGUCCUUGAUAUUGGUACAGGGACUGGUUUAUUGUCCAUGAUGGCAGCAAAACUUGGAGCAGACACAGUCUAUGCUUGUGAGGCAUUCAAACCGAUGACAGAAUGUGCUUCCAAAAUUAUUGCAGAGAAUGGAUUUGCUGAUAAGAUAAAAUUAGUGCCCAAACGUUCAACAGAUUUGACAGUUGGCCAAGGAAAAGACCUCCCUAGAAGAGCAAACAUAUUGGUAACAGAAGUGUUUGACACAGAACUUAUUGGAGAAGGGGCCAUAGGGACAUUUACCCAUGCUCAUAAACAGCUCCUUGAAGAAGAUUGCAUUGUAAUUCCAUCCUAUGCAAAUUUGUAUGUACAAGUUAUAACAUCUGAUCUUGUCAGAAGAUGGAACCGGGUUGAAGAUAUUGUUGUCAAUGCUAGUAGAGUUACUGCCCCUGAUGAGAUCUCCAGUUGUGGAGGAGCACCAUCACUGCAUGACCUUCAGCUUGAUCAGUUGCCAAUGGAUACAUUCACUGUACUCACUGAACCUAAAAGGGUAUUUAGAUUUGAUUUCACAGGAAAAACGUCACUACCGUUUGAAAACACUUCUAUACUAGAUUGUAUGAUGAUGAACUCUGGGUCUGUUGAUGCUGUAUUUAUGUGGUGGGACCUUGAAAUGGAUCCAGAUAGUGAAAUCAUCCUCAGUUGUGCUCCUAGAUGGGCCCAUCCUACCCCAGAUAAUAUGCAGUGGCGAGACCAUUGGAUGCAAGCUAUCUAUUACCCUUACAGUCAGUUGACAGUUGCCAAGGGUGACAGUGUCAAGGUCAUAAGUAAACAUGAUGAAUAUAGUUUAUGGUUUGAUGUUGCCAUGGAUACUGUCAAAGACAAUUGCCCAGAGGAACAUCCUAUAUGUAGAUGUGGUGCACAUAUCUCCUAUGGAAGGGCAAGGAUGGGGAUGCUGAAUGAUCCAGACAGAAAUAAACUCUAUAUGGAAAUCCUUAGAAAGAACUUUACACCAGAAACCACGUGCUUAUGUAUAAGUGAUGGUAGUCUUCUGCCACUGAUUGCAGCCAGACUAGGGGCCAGACAUGUUUACACUGUAGAAAUUAAUCAUCUAUGUAACAGAGUGGUUACAGAUUUCAUUAAGCAUAAUGGACUUCAAGACAGAAUUACUGUAUUGGAUAAAAUACCAGAAGAAAUUGGAGAAAAUGAUUUACCAGAAAAGAUUGACAUAAUAAUUGGGGAACCAAUCUUCCAGACAUCAGUCCUUCCUUGGGAUAACAUGUGUUUCUGGUACCUUACACAACAACUCACCAAUCGUUUGACAGAUCAAAGCAAAGUGUUACCAGGAAAGAUGACCGUAUAUGCAAUAGCAGUAAAUUAUGCAGAUUUAUGGAAAAUACGGGCUGAUGUAGGUCUUUGUGAGGGCUUUAGUAUACAAGAGUUUGAUAAGAUAAUUCAGAAAAGUUCAGAGGAGGUAGAUGAGAAUGUUGAGCCACACCCGCUAUGGGAGUAUCCGUGUACUGCAGCCGGUAACCAGCAAUGCCUUCUAGAUAUAGAUUUCACAAAACCAGCCAGGGAAACAUCAUCAGUUGACAACUGUGUCUGUCUAAAUGUAACAAGUGAAGAGCCAUGCAAUGGUGUUGCCAUGUGGGUGGAGUUUGACUUUGGAAAUGGUCAUGUGACCUCAACUGGUCCAAGGCAGCCAAUCAGAAUUGGCGAAAAAAUCAUAUGGGAUUAUCAUUCAAAGCAAGGAGUACAUUUGUUUUACAACAAUCAUAAAAGUGCAUGUAGUGUUGAAGAUAGUGCUAUAGAUGUACGGGUGAACUUCAUACCAGCAGAAGGGAAAUUAGAUUUCAAAUUUAGUCCAGAGUGGUUAUAAAGAUCACAUCAUGAUUAUUCGAACAGUGAAAUAAAUCCUGAUUACAAGUGUAUACAACACAAGUGUCUAUAUUUAGUCGUUGCAAUAAAACUGUGAAAUAUA